AUGGUCUUGAACCCGACCUAUCUGGCCCAGCGGACGCGAUCCUCCGUCAAUUGGAAGGAUGCGCAGAGACGAGUGGCAAAGUCAUACCGGGAAUGGCUUCGUGCGUCUCCCGAGAUCCAAACCAUGUACUCCCUCCAACUUCCGGUCUCUGCCAUCCGAACCAAAAUCAGACAGGAAUUCGAGCGUCAUCGAUAUGUAAACCAAUUGCCCGUCGUCGAUGUUCUAUUAUUCCAAAGCCACAGCGAGUUUCAGGAAACCAUGAACUACUGGAAACAAUUGUCCCAAUUGAUGAAAUAUUUCAGAGCAGAGGAGGAUCCAUCGGCCAAGCUGCCCAAGAACUUCAUGUCUGGUUUUAUGGAGGGCCGAAACUAA